UCGGAAGGUCGAAGCGAAAAAGUGUGGCGAAAAAGAAAAGCCGAACCCCUUUACCAGACCACGGUGUGUUUACCGGGCGAUUUGUACGCCACCCCUUACGUUGCACUGUACUGCACCACCCUAUCGGAUUCUAUCGACUGCAUUCUGUCGUACGGCGUGGCUGCAUCACCAUCGAUCAGACCAGAGAGAGUGCGUGCGUGGUGCGUGGAAAGCCAAACAAACCAAACGUCAAACAGAGCAUAAACAAGCGCACACACACACACAGCGAGAGAGCGCGCGGUACGAUCAGGCUCUACCACCGGAGGAGGAGGUUGGCGAUCGGGCGCGCGAGCCCGCACGGUUUUCCCGUCCCGGCUGUUCGGGGGUCCGGGUCUGAGAAGGUGAGACGGAAGAUGUGUUCCCGCAAUUUAGUGAUUUCGUUGGCAUUGAUUAUCGCACUGGUACCACUGUCAACCGUAGCCUUACCUCACCACAGCAUCGCGAAGCGCAGCUCCUUCUUCGACAUCGAGUGUAAGGGACAGUUCAACAAACAGAUCUUCUACCGGCUGGAUCGAAUAUGCGAAGACUGCUACUCGCUGUUCCGAGAACCCCAGAUACUGUCCUUCUGCAAGAAGCAAUGCUUCACGACAGACUACUUCAAAGGCUGCAUAGACGCGUUACAGCGAACGGACGAGAUCGAAAACUACAAACACCUGAUUAAGGUCCUGAACGGGGCGGAUCCCAAUACGUUAUAAGGGCUACGCGUCGCGCUGAUGCUAGUGCGUGUACUAGAGCCGAUGUUGUGCCACAAUACUACCCCUCCCCAUCACAAGUAUUUGAGAGAAGAGCGCCCGUGACCAGCCCGUGCAGUGCGCAAGUGGUGCCUCGAGCAAGAAGUGUAAAUCGGAAGUCGACGGCAGCGCCCGGAGUCAGUGGGAUGCGUGCGAAUUGUUGAUGGCCGUACAAAAUGAACGAGACCAGUAUCGAAGUGAAGCUACGGCGCAGCAAGCGAACGAGAGACCGAUCGAUGGGGGGCAGCCAGUGCGGAGAGCCAUGGCGCUUCGCCGCUGCUUACCCGUACCUGUUGCACAAAGCAGAAGAGGAGGGCCGUCCGGAGUGGAACGAGCGAUCGGCACCAGUACCAAAUAUGCACCACCAACACCAUGCCGUUUAUUUAUGUUUCUUCAUGCAUUUGAGUUCUCUUGAAUUGAUGGGAGGGCUGUUUUGGGACGGACUACUUCUUGGCGUGCGUCGAGGCACUGUUCCUUGAGGAGGAGAAAGAAAAGUUCAUGAAAUGGCGCGAGAUGCUGGG